GGGUGUUCUGGCGGCUGGGAUUCGUAUAUUCAGGAGUUACCCACAGCAUCCCUGAUCUGAAGGAUUCUGAUGGAUAGCAAGUCAAUAAACAAAGGUAGGGAACUGAAAACGGUGUAGAGACACUUUAAUCCAUCUCACAACGCCGAAAGAAGAAGAGUUCCAGCAAGGUUUUGAAAAAUCCUAAAACCAGCAGUCAUGAGUACCUUCGGGUACUGCAGGGAGCUGAAGAAGUACGAUGAGGUGAAUGAAGAUGAGCUUCUGGCCAAGCUGUCCAAAGAGGAGCUCCAGGAGCUGGAGAGGGAACUGGCUGACCUGGACCCCGACAACAACAUACCCGUUGGUCUGAGGCAGAAGGAUCAGACAGCCAAAAUCCCAUCAGACUCGUUUGACAGGGAGGCUCUGUUGAAAUAUUGGGAGAACGAGAACAAGGUCCUUCUGGAGGUCAAAAAGAUGGAGUCCAAUCCCAGACAGGAGAGACAACCAGAUAAGAGCAGGGGGGUGGUGACAACAAGUGACUGCAACGCUGUGGACAGUCACAAGAGGAAGAUUUCACAGAAGGGAAAGAAAGCUGGAAAGAAUGUUUCUGACAUAAAUGGUGCAAAGGAAGAUAAGGGGAAAAGGAAUGAUCAGAAUAGAAAAGAGGCUUUGAUGGGGAGUAAAUGUCCUCAGAAGAAGGGACUGUCAAAAGACUUAAAGAUUGACUCCAUGAAGAGUGAAAGCACAGGCCAAAGCCCAGAUGUGAUCUCUGAAAGGCCAAGUGGAAACCCCAUUGUCAUAGAUCAGGCUUUGGAGCAAAUUCUGAAUAAUGAUCCUGCCAUGACAGAAGUCAACCUCAACAACAUUGAAGACAUCUCACAGGAAACCUUGCUUCGUUUUGCUAAGGCUUUGUGCACAAAUACUCAUGUUCAUGUUUUCAGCCUUGCCAACACUCACGCUGAUGACCAGGUUGCCUUCGCCAUCUCCAAGAUGCUCUGUGAGAACUGCUCCAUAAGAAACCUGAACAUUGAGUCCAACUUUGUGUCCGGUCAGGGCAUCUUGGCUCUGCUGGCUUCACUGAAACACAACACAACACUGGUGGAGCUCCGUUUCCACAACCAACGGCACAUCUGCGGAGGGAAGGUGGAGAUGGAGAUGGUGCAGCUGCUAAGAGAAAACACCACUCUGCUCAAACUUGGCUACCAGUUUGACCUUCCUGGUCCAAGGAUGACAGCGACCGGCAUCCUGACCCGUAACCAAGACCAUCAACGACAGAGGAGGCUCCAGCAGAAGAAAGAACAGAGUCCUUCACCGGGAUCUGGACAAGUUUCUGACUCCUUGGCAAAAACCAAACAGCCAAAGAAGUCAUGCCAAGUACAUCACAAUGUUGAAAAUCAGCCAAAAAAAAGCCAACCAACAAGGAAGACUGCUGAAAUGGUCCAGCAGCAUGAAGGCCCAAACAGCAUAAAGACGGCACUAAGCCAACGGAAGCCCAAGUCCAAGAAGCUCAAGAAUGGCGCUAAUGAAAAUGAGAGCGCAGAAAUUCUCAAAGACCUGAAGGACGCCUUGAAGCCACCACUGAAGACCAGACGAGAUGAACCCUGUCGCCUGCCGCCACGGCAGAGGUCGAGCCGUGACGACUUGAUGGCUGCAAUACGCGGGAGCAGUAUUAGCUCCUUGAAAAGGGUGGAUCUGGCACAGACCUGAACUACCGGACUUAUCACACCUGAAUUGUUCUCAGUUUGUAUUGUAAUUUUUUUUUUUUUUCACUUUUUUUAACACUCAACUUGUCACACACUGUAUAUGCAGACGACCGUUCUGGAUCUUUCAGAUAUUGUGAACAUAAAUGUGAACAUGAAUGUGUAUAUAAUAAACUCACAUUAACUGACAUUAA